UCUUAUAACUUAGCCAAGAAAAUGCAGUGCUAGUUGUUUUUUUAUAAUUUAAAUUAUUUAAAAUAGUUUAUUUACAACGAAAAUAUUAAAAAACAUAAAUUUAAUAACUCCUAACCAUAAAUAAUAUAAAAUAUUUGCAAGAAAUAUAAAAUUAAAAGCGAAAAAAUGAAAAGAAAAAUUUUCUUCAACAACAGCUGCCCUUUGUAAUAAAGCAGCAAAAAAAAAGAAGAGAAUAAUUUAAUUACAAAAAGAGCAAGAAAAUAUUUACCAAAAAGGAACACCCUUUUUAAGCAAUAAUAAAUAAACAAAACAAUUACAAAUAUGGUGGUAAUAAAUUUGUAAAUAAUUAUUUAUAAAGUAAACAUUGUGUGUUGAAAAGUAUUAUUAAAUUUUAUUUAUUUUCUGGCUUUUUUAAUGAUGUCAUAAAAAACUUGUAUGUGUGAUUGUGUCAAAAACUGUAAAUUUUUUAAUUGGUAAAAUUUGUUGUUGCUGUCAUCUCACAAGCUGGCUGGAUAAUUGGAUUUAAUUAAUGCUAUUUUUUGUGGGAAUAUUUAGAUAAAAGGGCCAAAACACGGGGAUUUAUUGAGGCAAUGACUCAAGGAUGGGGGACACAAAAGGCCGAAAAUAAUAGCUUAGCUUUGAGCUAAAUUUUUCCUUUUUUUUUUUAAAUAAAAAAAUUGGAAACUAUUUAUAAUUUACAUAAAAUCCAUGCAUUUAAAAUCAAAUUUGAAAAAGGAUUUAUUAGAAAGUUCUUGUAAGGUCGUCAACACAAAUAUGGCUAGUAGUUUGUUAAAUGAAGAUGAGGAUAAUGCUACACGUAAUACACAGCAGCAGCAGCAACAAAAUAAUAAUAAUUUAAACGAAUCAUCAUCAAAUCCCCCUGCCAGCAACUCUAACAACAACGAAAUGCAAGACAAUGAGGCAAAAUUGAAAAAACAAAAUUUGGAAGAACGCAAACAAGAAUUGGAAAAGCUACUCAAUGAGAAAAGCUGGCUAUUGCAGCAGCUGCAAAAGCAGGAGUGUCAAAUAUUGAAUGGCAACUUUGAGUAUAUGAAUUUUAAUGAUUUCAUACAAAAUCUAGCCGUUCAAUAUAAACAGGAACAAACCAGCAAUAACGCAAAUGUUGCUAAUACUGGAGAUAGUGUUUCCACUUUAAGUGGUGAUGGCUCUAGCCACUUGUCUACAGCAGAGGAGGCUAUAUUAAGACGUAAGCCCUUGGCGGCCAAAGAAAAUCAUCAGCAUUUAAAUAAUAACAAUGUUUUGCAUAGACGACAAUCUGAAAUCUCUAACAGAUCUUCAGAAUAUGACAAUUAUCCUCAAAAUGAUAAUCAAUCUACACAGUCGGAGGGCGGCAGGGUAGCGGUAAUGCAUGGUGCUGCCCAAGCCACCCAGCAAUAUGCUGCCAAGGCAGCUUUAAAGAAAAGAUCAGCCACUGUAGCGGGCACCACAGCCCAAUCCUCCACUAAUCUACAAAUGAUUAGGCAGCAACAUUUGGAACAGCAACAACAGCAAUUGUUAUAUAAACAACAGCAGCAGCAGCAGCAACAACAGCAACACUAUCAUCAUCCCCAGCAGCAUUUAUUCAAGCAACAUAUAGAACAUCAUCAGGUACUAAUGCCACACUUGCAAUAUGCCACCCAAAAGUUUUACUAUACCACACUGCAGCCGCCAGCCAAUGCACCCAGCCAACAGCAGCUGCACACACAACAACAGCAGCAAUAUGGACGUUAUAUACAAAACAAACAAAUUGCCCAACAGCAGACUAUGCAUCAUGUUCCCCAAACUUCACAAACUAUACCACAGGCCCAACAUCAACAGCUGCUGCUAACACCACCCUCCGGCUCCAGUGUUAUCAUCGACAAUAUUUCCUUGUACUCUUUAAAUUCCAAUAAUGUGGCCACAUUACACCGGCCCGCCCAGCAGCAGCAACCCAUUAUUGUACAAUGUGAUAAAUACUAUUUAUCGCCCACUUCGCAUCAUGUCUCGCACAAUGAUGGUGGUGGUUUUAUAAAAUCAUCACAAAAUAUUAAAGAAUAUCAUUCGCCCAUUAAUUCGCCGCAACAUUUAUCGGUACGUGAUAAAAAUCGUCUGCAAACAUCACAAUCUAAUCUGGCCCAAAGGGGAGCUACACCUGCAUUAGAUAUUAUAUCCCUGGCGCCUUCAUAUGUGUCCAUGGAAACUAUAGACUAUUCAACAUCACCGGUGGCCUCUAAUAUGCGCUGGAGAUCACAAAACAAUUUACCGCCUUUAAAUACGCCAACAGCAAUGGUGGGCGAAAUAAAAUCACAAUCCAGCGAUAUGUUAAAUAAUAAUCAAUAUUAUAAUACAGCCCUAAAUCCACCUCCACCACCGAAUCCUACCACUCUAGUAACACAAAACCAAACCUUAGUACCACCGCCAAAUGUCACCCAAGUUAAACCCUUUAAGCCUUUAGAUGAUAUCUCCAUUAAUUCUUAUAGUUGUGAAACACAAAAGAAAUUAAAACCCAAACAAUGGCUAGAGUCCUCUUUAGAUGGCCCGGUUAUUAGGCAAACUCCAGUAAACGAAGAGCCCUGCUCCUCCAACUCCUUUAACUCUAACAACAACAAUAGUCAAACCAGAUCCAAACUUUCUUCACAAUCUUUAAAUACUUCCCGUCAUUAUUCUAUGUCUGCUGCUCAAGCCAAAUCUAAUAAUCAAAAUCCAAUUCCCCCUACUAAUGCUUCACACAACAAACUAAGUCAAUCUACUUCUUAUUUAAAUCAAAUGGAUUUUGCUAAUGCUAAUAACCCCAACACUCCCACACCCUCUAUAUCCCAGGCCUACAAUCUAGAAUUGUCGCCACAAACUUCACCGGCUUAUAAAUAUUUGGCGGCUCAACAAAAGCCACCAGCUAGGCCUCCUCCCUCUACUUUGUAUGUCAAUACUUCUAAUACAAAUUUAGCUCACUCAGCCACCCCUACCCCACCCUUGGCAGCUGCCUUAUCACCCGAUAUACGCAUAGAAUCCCCGGUUAAUAUGACUGUGGUACAACCCGCCACUUUUCAGCCCUAUAAAGAGGUUACCAAGCCUUUCGAAAUGUCCGAUUUUUAUAAAUAUUCAACGAAAUUUAGACAAAAGGAAAAUAAUAACAAUAAUAAUGGAGAGAAUUAAAGGUUUUCAAAAACUAUUUCCGAAAACUGUUUCCUUU